CAGUUAAUCUUCAACUGUAUCACAAAUAUGAAGUGCUUCAUAAAGUUUGCAAUAAUUUUUUUAAUUUUCAUAAAAUCCCAACAAUGUCAUAAGGAUGAGGAAGUUUCCUUUGACGUUUUCUCACUCAUCUCCUCCCAAGUUGACUUCCUUGAGGACAUGUGCUUAAAUCGUACGGGAGACAAGGAUAUUUUUGAUAGGCUUGAACAAACGAUUGCUGAGUGCCGCGAGGAAUUAUUAAAUGAGACGCCUCUAAGUCUGACAUUUAGGGAUCUACUCACAACGGAUCCCAAAGAAUUUUAUGAGCUUUACACAACUCAGUGCAAUAAUAAAAAUGCGACUCGUGUAAGAAACGAAUGCAAUGACAAAUUGAAGAGUCUUUUGAGUCAAUGUUUAAAUGGAACAGAAAUUGAGGCAUUCGAUAAAAUUGAAGACAUUGCUAGUCGUCUGUACGAAGUCAUUUGUAGAAUUGAUCAAGACGAAAUGAAAAACUUCUUCUCACAAAAAGGUCAGGAAUGUAUGAUAGACAAUGUAAUCACCAUUGGGUAUUGCUAUCUCUCAGCCAUGCCAGACAAUGUCCAUGAAAAGCAAGAGAUGUUGUUCAAUCUCAUGGAGGGAAAAGAAUGCACAGUAAUUGAUGAAAUUGAAAAUUGUAUUAUGACUGAAAUAGACGCGUGCGAGGAGCAGUCUGUGUCGCAUAUUUUUCAUCUACUGUUUAAGCACUUUCGAAAUCAACUUUUAUGUGACAGACUGCCAGAGGACACUCGACUUGUCUCCAGUGGCAGCAUUAAUAUCUCAGGAAGCAUCAGUGAUUUUAUAAGAAUAUCUUUAUUCCUACUAACCAGUAGGUUUCUUGUCACGAAAUCGUAAUUGAAUUUGUCUGUGAUAUUACUCAGUCCGCAGUCCGAGUAUGGAACUACAAGGAGUGAACAUGGAAAAGACAAUUUAUCACAUUUUGAUAAUAAUAAUUUUCUUUUUCAACAUAUAUAAAUUUUCGGUGUCGGUUAAGUGCCAUGAAAACACAUGUUUCUUUUGUCUACAUCUACAAGAUGUAUGUACAUACGUAUAAAUGACAAUAGAAUGAUAAAUUUAUCGCAUCUGCACAUUUAGAUUUUAAAUCACAUUCAUAACAUGCAAUAAUAAUCAUAUAAAGAUUGCUAUGGGUUGGCCAUACUUUCAAAUAGAUUUGACAUUAUUUAGAAUAAUGACAAUAAUAAUAAUGAUUUAUUCAAUAAAUUUUUUUUUUAUUUUUGUUCGACUUUCCCUUCGAUUUUGGAUGAUAAUAAAUUCAAUAUAGUUCCGAAGAACUUUUCAGGCACCUGAUACUGAGGGAGAGAAAUGUCGCUUCUGAAUAUUUAUGUACGAGGAAUGUCAACAACGAGUGAUGAAUAGAAUCUGAAUAUUUCAUCAUCUAAUUGAUUAGUUUUCAUGAUAUUCAUUGACAGUCAUCGGCUGUGCUGUUGUGCAGGAUGAAUUGAUGAAUUUUCAAUAUUGACCCCCUU